UUAUUUCACACACGUGUCUGACAGCGCAUGUGUUGGAGUGCGCAUGCGCGGCGGAGACCGUAUGUGUCGGACUGCGCAUGCUCGGCUGACAGUGCAUCUGGCUUUAGAGUGCAUCUGGUCUGCAGACAGACCCUUCUCCUUCAAUUGGCCUAUCUCGCAGUCAAGCACGCUAGUAUGGGUCAACUAGAACAAGCUUGAUUUCUCGUGACACCUGUCUCCUCAAUGCAACCCGACGCUCCGAUGACUAUGUUCUGUUCUGAUCUAAUUGGUUUAAGUGAUCCGUGACACCUGAGCCUUGUACACACCUAAUCAAAUUUAGCGGUGUGUGUGCACUCUACAGCACAUAAAACCUGAAAACACACAACAGGUCAACGCACAUCUGCACACAUCAGGAUCAAGAUGAGAGCUAUUUACGGUGCAUUAUUCUUAAUGCUCCUGCUUCAUGGAGUCAGGAGCAAGAAAACAGGAUCAUGUGCUCAUCCUACACCGCUCUGCUGUACUUUAAAAAAUGAUGAAUGCAAACGUGGGUGUUCUUGUGAUGAGGCCUGCUCGCAGAAUAACGAGUGCUGUAGUGACUACGCGGUGACUUGCGCUCAACCAACCACGCCAUCAGCAACCACGCCAUCAGCAACCACGCCAUCAGCAACCACGCCAUCAGCAACCACGCCAUCAGCAGCCACGCCAUCAGCAACCACGCCAUCAGCAGCCACGCCAUCAGCAACCACGCCAUCAGCAACCACGCCAUCAGCAACCACGCCAUCAGCAACCACGCCAUCUGCAACCACGCCAUCUGCAACCACGCCAUCUGCAACCACGCCAUCUGCAACCACGCCAUCUGCAACCACGCCAUCUGCAACCACGCCAUCUGCAACCACGCCAUCUGCAACCACGCCAUCUGCAACCACGCCAUCUGCAACCACGCCAUCUGCAACCACGCCAUCUGCAACCACGCCAUCUGCAACCACGCCAUCUAUAAACAAACAUCCUCAGAAAAAACUCUGUCCUCAUCGAACUCUGUGUCCUAAUCCCAAUCAUCCUCCGAAGAAUAAAUCUCCAACGAAUAAGAAAAUAAUUCAGCAGGGUAUUUUAAUAUAAAGCAAUAUUUUUCUCUCCAUCUGUUAAACACAGAAUGAAUGGUGUGCUGUCUGUUUCAAGUGAUUGCUUCUGUAAGUGUGGUUUGAAAAGAUAAAGACGUAGAGCAGUCCAAGUCAUUUUCGUUAUGUUUUUUUUUUUUGCUUUGAAAUAAUAAUUAAGAAAUGAGUUGUGGGGAAAAUGUAACUGUUGUCUUUGUAUUCAUGUUAUUAUCUUUGUUGUAAUGAUUGUGGGGGCGGGACAUGUUUGCUCAGGAUGA